AGGAGAAAAAGGAUUUCGGGACUCUUCCUUUGUCCUGCAUGAAUGUGUUUGGGGCCCCGACAUGGAUGCAGGGGUCACAUGGUACCACAAAGCGCCGAAUGGGUUAAAAAAAAAGAGGGGGUUGUAGUUUAUGAAAGAGCCGCGGAGGAGAAAGAACAGUUGUUGAUAAUUUGGAGAGGCUACGAGGGGAAUUAAGGCUGAAAACAAGAAGGACAGUUUUGAGCCUUAAAGAGCUGAGAGGGCCCCUGGCCAGGUGUCUGCUGAGGCCUCAUCAUGAGCUGGAGCUUCCUGACGCGUCUCCUGGAUGAGAUCUCCAACCACAGCACGUUCGUGGGGAAGAUCUGGCUGACUGUGCUCAUCAUCUUCCGCAUCGUGCUGACGGCCGUGGGGGGCGAGACCAUCUACUACGAUGAACAGGCUAAGUUCGUCUGCAACACGCUGCAGCCCGGGUGUGAGAACGUCUGCUACGACGCCUUCGCUCCGCUCUCACACGUCCGCUUCUGGAUCUUCCAGGUCAUCCUGAUCACCACCCCUACCAUCAUGUACUUGGGCUUUGCCAUGCACAAGAUCGCCCGCAUGGACGAUGCUGAGUACCGGCCUCUUCAUCGCCCCGGGAAGAAGAAAAUGCCCAUCGUGACCCGGGGGGCACAGCGGGACUACGAGGAGGCAGAGGACAACGGAGAGGAGGACCCCAUGAUCACUGAGGAGAUCGAGGUGGAGAAGGACAAAGUGAAGGUGACAGAAGGCUCUGUGAAGAAGCACGAUGGUCGGCGGCGGAUCGCGCGUGACGGCCUGAUGAAGGUGUACGUGUGUUCGCUGAUCUCGCGCAUCGCCUUCGAGGUGGCCUUCCUGUUAGGCCAGUAUGUCCUCUACGGCUUCGAGGUGGCGGCCUCCUACGUGUGCACGCGCUCUCCCUGUCCGCACACGGUGGACUGCUUCGUCUCGCGGCCCACCGAGAAGACCAUCUUCCUCCUGGUCAUGUACGUGGUUUCUCUCCUCUGCACCACACUCACCCUCCUGGAGAUUGUCCAUCUCGGGGUCGGCGGGGUCCGCGACACCCUCCGCGGGCGCGCCAGACGCCACCCCACCCCACCUCUUCCCCCCGUGGCCCGGGGGUCCCUCUGCAGUUCCCGUCAUGUACCCACGGCCCCGCCAGGGUACCACAUGGUACUGGGGAAGAAGGACCCGUCAGGCAAGCUGAAGGCAGAGUUCAGAGAGCCGUUGGCGGGGGACUAUGGGAGGGAGAGCCUGGGGGACGAGGCGUCCAGCAGAGACCUGGAGAGGCUGAGGAAGCACCUGAAGAUGGCCCAGCAGCACCUGGACCUGGCCUACCAGAACGAGGAGGGCCAGGGGUCCCCGUCACGGAGCAGCAGUCCCGAGAACAACACCACAGCUGCAGAGCAGAACAGACUCAACUUGGCUCAGGAGAAACAGGCGGCGGCUGGCGAGAAAGGAGUACAUGCCUGAAUCCUGCUUAAUUCCUGCUGGACUGCCUGCCUGCUUUCUCUUCCCGACUGGCCCUCCACGGAUGGGGAAGCACAUGGGGACACAGCCAGACAACUGAGAGACUGACGAGUGUGGUUGUGAGAGGGAUGCAGUGCCUUGCAGUAUUAAGGGCCAGGGACAACUUAAAUGUAAAGCUGCCCAAGCUUCCGUAAAGCUACAGUACAAAUCUCCUUUAGCGUCUGACUCAUUCGACUUGAGAGCCUCCAAAUACUUUGGUCUCAAGUUUCAGCUUGCCGAAACCCCACACCCUACCUUGGCAGUGCCUGUCGCUGAAGCACACAGCCUUCUAGAUGUAGUCGACACCCCGUUUAUUUUUGCCCAAAGGUGUUUUGGUUUGUCCGUUUUUUUGUUUUAAUUUGUUUCGCAGUCAUUCCGUUCCAAAGUGUUCUCCGGUCAGUUUCUGUAUUCUGUCAGGUGAAUCGGUCUUGUCAAGUGUAAGCUUUAAUUUACCCCCCCCCCUCUCCUCUCUAUUGACAAAGUUUACAAGUCGGUCCAAUUUUAAGAGCGAGGCUCAACAAAGUCUUAAAAGCAUUUACUGCACAUGUUGUUAUGCCAGGGCUUGUUGUUGCUGGAUACAGAGUGAACCGCAAUGAACACUUGCCUGCGGGGGAUGUCCUUUUGCACAGACAUUAAGAGGAUGUGCGUCCAUGUAUGUGUGUUGUAUACAAGGUGCUGGGAGGUUUUCUAAAAGUGCAGUUCUUUAACGAAAGCUUUUAACUUAAUCUUGGACGUUAACUGUACAGCUUUUGUCAGUGGUUUAGUAAUUAAAAUUAAAUUGUUUUGACAUUCCAUGAGACUCCACUCAUUGUUAAAGCCUUGUAUAUUAGUCAUUCCAACAAAUCGGCCAAAUGUGAUAAAUACCUGGGAAAUGCUUGAAUCCUGUGACGACUAUAAAUGUUCUUCCAUGCUGUUUAAACACUCCUGUAGUCCUCCUGUACCUGUCAUUUCGCUCCUGUCCUGUUUCCUUUUGUUCAUGCUAGUCGGUGAGUUGUUUUGUUUAAACUUUUUUUUUAAUGUUCGUACUGGAAUUCUGAGGCAAAUGCACCAACAUUUGCUUAUGUUGUCAUAAUGUGAUGGUUCUUUGAAAUGGUUGAGUUGGAAACUGGAAACGGUCGUGUGCUGUGUUCAUUUCAUUUUUCCUUAAAAUUUUUAUUUUUAAUUUGGUACAAAAAUAACAUUCCAAUAUUUUGAGUGUUUGUUACAUUGUUCCAAGUUUUGUAGUUUUUGUAUCUGUAGAGUUUAGUUUCAUAGAAAUACAUGAAUAAAUAUAUAUUUGAACAGAA